CGCUCAGGGUGGGGAGAAAGGAACGAUUUGAAAGCAAAGCGAAACCGCAACUCAGAUAUCACAUUAGCCUUCUCAUCAGCAUAUUCACACUCGCUUGUAAUUUGUCAAAUACACGUAUUAACAGAUUUCAGUUAUGGAACUGUGCAAAACAGUCGGUGAAAUCAAUAAUAACUCGAACGAUUUGACCGCGAAGAGAAUCAGAAAGGCAUCGGUAGUGUCAGUUUCGAGUGUUAGCAGUUAUCAAUCGGAUUCCAGUGAUGAAUGUGCCAAAUUGGAGAGGAAAGCAUCUUUGCAAGAGAUUAUUCAAAAAGUUGAGGACAAGACUUUGCAAGCACAAUUCCGAAGAGAGAGGUCUAUGUCUGAUGGCGCUGCCUCCAAAUUGAAAGAAACCGAUUCAUCCUUCGAGGUUUUCCCGAGUUUGCCAAACUCCGUUCUGGAGAAAAUGGGACUUCUAGGAGCCGGUCCACGCGGUCCAUUGAGCGAGGAAGAACUUGAACAGAAAUUUACUAGCUUAGCACUAGCUUUCACCAUAGAUGCAACUACAGUAAAAGAUAGAUACGAACGACAAAGGCGAUGUAGGGACCAAACAGAAAUGAACUUGUCCAAAGAGAUUGAACGGCUCAAAGAAAAACUGUCUCUCAUGCAACCUCUAUGCACAGAUUGUGAAAAGGCUGAGCUACUCGCAUCGAUUAUGACCAAGAUAGACGUACUAAUGAAGGCCACCUCAUUGGUUGCGAUGGCAGCAGAACGUUUUGGAUCAGUUCAGCACGAGGAAAGGUUAACAGAAUCGGCAAGUUUGAUGGUGACACACGUUCAGAUGUUGAAACAGCAAAGAGAUGCAGCGAGAAAACAAUUACAAUAUACCAAGAACGUUCUUCAAAAUGAAUCAGGUAAUUCAUCUAGUUCAACAAAUUGGCAACAGAAAUGUCCUCCAGACAACCGGAACGCGUCGAAAACUAUGGGUAAACGUCGUGCUAGCAUUGCUACUAUCACACAACAAAUAAUUGAAAAUAAACCAACGGGUGAUUUCAAGAAGGUCACGAGGAGAAUAUCAGACGCAUCUUUACGUGCAUUACUCAAUAAGAACAGUAGACCAAAUAGGCUAGAACUAGGAGGCGAUCUAAUAGAAAUAAAAGAAGGGUGCCUUGAAACAACCUCCGAUUGUGAACAAGUACCUGAAAUUGAAAAAGAAAUUAAAAAGGAAAUGAAUUCUUCAAAGGCGAAAUCAAAGCCUCCCUCUCCAGAAAAUAGAAAAUCGUCAGUGAAUCUUUCAAAGUUACCAGUGAGGGAAAAGGUGAAUUACAAAUGUCGGAGACUGGGGCAGACUUUGAAUGACAAAUAUACAAAAUGGAUAGAUGACGGUACAUUACAUGAAGUGUGUUGUUUCUGCGCUCUCAUUUGUUUUUCUUUUAGUCUGAUUUUAAUGGGAAACAUACUUGUUGAAUACGAAUACGCAAAAAGAGGUAUCAGUUCUCCACACAUGUUUUGGUCGUGGACGAAUGAGAGCGAUAGGAAAUUUAAUCUUUCCCGAUAAGACCUACCUGAAGGUCUAAUCGAUAGUUAAUUGUAAAUUAUUUCGAAUAAAAAAAUUAUACAGAU